CGACAAAUAGAUAUCAAAUUUCUGAAAAAGGUACGAAUUCUAACGAAUAUGUAUAUCUCCUCCACCGUUAAACUUGCAUCUCCACAAAAAUAGAACAGUAAAAAGCUUAUUCAGAGGUAUUGGUGUGUCACAGCCCCUCCUUUUUUGGGGGCCGUGUGCAAAUCGGUUUAUAGACUAAGUCUCCCGAACAACCGGCACCACACACUCCGAAUAGUGGUUGUAGUGAGGACACUAAGCCCUUAUCCACCACACUUACUCGAUUCCGAAAAGAACGACCAUCAACUAAAUCAAAAUGCCUUUCAAACCAGCAGACAACCCAAAAUGCCCAAAAUGCGGCAAAUCCGUAUACGCCGCUGAAGAAAAAGUAGCUGGAGGAUACAAAUACCACAAAUCCUGCUUCAAAUGCGGUAUGUGCAAUAAAAUGCUCGACUCCACCAACGUAACUGAACACGAAGCUGAAUUGUACUGCAAAAAUUGCCAUGGACGUAAAUACGGACCUAAAGGCUACGGAUUCGGUGGUGGAGCUGGGUGCUUAAGUAUGGACGAUGGAGCCCAAUUCAAGGGCGAUGAAGACUUUGUCAAAAGCCGUGCUCCUUUGCUGCCCAGAGCUAUCGCUAAAGCUCCUGACGGCGAAGGAUGUCCCCGAUGCGGAGGCUAUGUCUAUGCUGCCGAGCAAAUGCUUGCCCGUGGAAGAGCCUUCCACAAAACUUGCUUCAAAUGUGCUGACUGUAACAAAGGUUUGGACUCCGUCAAUGUAGCUGAAGGUCCUGACAAGGAUAUUUACUGUAAAGUUUGUUACGGAAAACGAUUUGGACCUAAAGGUUACGGAUAUGGUCAAGGAGGUGGCACUCUUCAGAGCGACUGUUUUGCCGUCAGAGGAAUUGGACAUGCAGGGGGACUUUUCCUGGGGCUUAUGUCAGAUGCUUUGGAUCUUGAAUGGCAGAGCGAUCAAGCCCCCAAGACAACUCUCAUCGAUACCACCAGCAUCAAGGCCAAGCCUGGCCAAGGCUGCCCUCGUUGCGGUGGUGUAGUCUUUGCUGCUGAAGAGGUCCUCGCCAAGGGACGCCCAUGGCAUCGCAAAUGCUUUAAGUGCAGAGAUUGUACCAAGACCUUGGACUCUAUCAACGCUUGCGACGGUCCAGACAAAGAUGUGUAUUGUAAGACCUGUUACGGCAAGAAAUGGGGACCCCACGGUUACGGCUUCGCUUGCGGAUCCGGUUUCUUACAAACUGAUGGCCUUACCGAAGAAGAAAUUUCUCAAAGCCGACCUUUCUACAACCCAGAUACGACUUCGAUUAAGGCUCCUCCUGGCCAAGGUUGCCCAAGAUGUGGAGGAAUGGUUUUCGCCGCCGAGCAACAGCUGGCUAAAGGAACGAUGUGGCACAAGAAAUGUUUCAACUGCGCCGAAUGUCACCGACCACUCGAUUCGGUGCUCGCCUGUGACGGUCCCGACAAGGAAAUCCAUUGCCGCGCCUGUUACGGAAAACUGUUCGGACCCAAAGGAUUUGGUUUUGGCCAUGCUCCAACUUUGGUAUGCGCCGAUGGAACUGCUCCCGCAGUUCACGAUCCAAGGCCCAACAGUGGACCUAAAGCUGCACCUGGGAAAGGUUGCAGACGUUGUGGAUAUGCUGUUUAUGCUGCUGAACAAAUGAUUAGUAAGCACGGACAGUGGCACAAGAGGUGUUUCAGCUGUGCUGACUGCAACCGUUCUUUAGAUUCUACCAUCCUUAAUGAUGGACCCAAUGGAGAAAUUUAUUGUAGAGGUUGCUAUGGUAGGAACUUUGGUCCUAGGGGUGUAGGUUUUGGUAUGGGCGCUGGAACCCUCACUAUGGCUUGAUCUGCGCACUUUAUCAGCAAACUUUCUUAAUCAAUGCCACCUAAGGGAUCAGUGACAAUCUAGCAGCAAUUCGUCCUCCACAGAAAUCGUAUAUUUUGGGUCGUGUUUGUAAACAGGGACAGAAACAGAAAAUAAUAUAAAAAAAAUUAAAAAAAAUCGUCAACAUCGUGUCCCAAGAGUGAAUUCCUUUUUGUGCUAAAAGACAGAAGUCUUGAAACAUUCCAACGUAUAUGAUUUCUGUUAUUUUAAAAUAUUGGUUAAGACUGUAUUCAAAGUCGAGUUGAUUUGCAAUUAUAUUUAUGCUUUGGAGCGCAUAUUUUUGACAUAUUUUUUGAAGAAAAUAAUUUUUAUUCCAUUUUUUGAAGAAAGGAUGUACGACGUAGAUGGAUCUGUUCCAAAUGCCAGCGAAAGUCCGAUUUUUAUAUUCGUUUCGACCAUUUUUAUAUACGCACUAAGUAACAUUUUGUAAAUAAAUCAAUAAAUACCUACUAAAAAUAAGACUUUGGAUUGGAGCAAGAUGGUCGGCGAAUAUACAAAUCGGUUGAAUUUUUGGACGAACGACCAGGGAACGAAUCCUGGGAUUUUUUUUAUAUAUCUACAUCGGCCACGUUGUUGGUCUAUCGAUAGCUUCGCGCUUUUGCCAUAUUAAUGUUAGUUAAGUUUUCCGCUGAUAUAUUGACUAUACCAAAAUUUUUGUCUAGUUGUAAUUAAUAAAGUUUUAAUAAAAAGGCAUUUGAUUUACUAA